AUGAAUCUUAACCCAGAAGUGCUUCCGACACUCUUGAAGCCGGCAAUGAAAUCGGACAGACAUGGGCGGUGGCCCAUUCUUAUUUGCAGCGCUGUGCUGCUCGCUGCCGUCGGCGGUAUUUACGUCAACCUCGUUUAUCACUAUUUCAAUUAUCAUACUCCUAUAUUCGCAGCCGGAGGUGUGUCGCUAGAUCAUCUUCACCCUGAUUCUGGCGUCAACGAGGACACGAGGAUCGGUCCUACAGGUGACCAUAACACUGGGGAUCCUAAUGCUUCUGACGUGGAUAUUGCGUCUACAUUACUCCGACCGGAGCGACAUAAAUUCCGCGAUCGGACCUCCAUUCACCUGAAAUGGAACGUCACAUUGGAACCGCGAGCACCAGAUGGGGUUAUGAAACCGGUUUAUCUUAUCAAUGGACAAUUCCCUGGCCCUACAAUUGAGACACGGUCAGGUGAUGAACUUAUAAUUGAUGUCUACAAUGGUGUUGCCGAGGAAGAAGGCAUUUCCAUCCAUUGGCACGGAUUAUACAUGAAAGCUGACUGGGCAACUUCAUUGCGAGAAGAUGCCAACGAGAUGGAUGGGGUGGUUGGCGUGAGUCAAUGUGCAAUUGGCCCAUCUGAGAGUUACACGUAUCGGUUUCGCAUCGAUGACAGCCAAUUCGGCACAUUCUGGCAUAUGCGCAGGUAUCAUGCCCACUCCGGUGGACAGCGUGCUGAUGGGCUGUACGGCGGGCUUGUGGUACAUGAGCCCGUUAGCAGGACCAGUCAAGAACUCUCAGUAUACGGGCAACAUCCAGAACAUCUGCUUCUUAUAGGAGACUGGUAUCAUCAGCCAGCAGGUGCUGUUUUUGGGUGGUAUCAGGAGCCGGGCCACUUCGGUUACGAGCCUGCACCUGAUUCACUUCUCAUUAACGGCAAAGGCUCUUACAAUUGCUCAAUGGCUGUUAGGGCGCAUCCAGUGGAAUGCAGCCCGAGUGAGAAGCCGGCCGUGACUUUUGCAGAGAGCAAUAGCGUCAUAUUACGCGUUGUAAAUACGGGAGCUUCUGCCGGAUUCUCAUUCUCGCUUGGACAGGCGCCCAUGACGGUCAUUGCGGUCGAUGGGGGAAGUACGGUAGCAUCAAACACCCCAAGCACGACGUCGAUCGGCCUUUUGUAUGCUGGAGAGCGAGUAGACAUCCUUGUCGAACGCCCUACAGGAUCAGCAACAGCACCUGGUGGGCGCAAGUCUGAAAUGAUACAGCAAUCAAAAGCUGAACUGAGCCUGACAAUCGGUCUGGAUUUGGAGUACGUCCGCACAUUCCAGGAGCCCUAUAUCGCCAGAAACUUUCACUUGACGAAUUUUGCCCUUACGCCUCAGCAAUCGUUCCCUGUUAUAUGGCGAGAUAAAGGCGACGAACUCCGAAAAGAUGAACCGCGGAGCGAUAACAAUCAACCUGUCCCAAAAUUCAACUUGGCACAACUCUCAGGCAGUGUGGUCGCGGAUUAUGUUGCCAAGAAACCUUCAGAGACGUCGGUUCUGUACACAUCGAUGUCAAUCCGGUCGGCUAGUGGCCUUCGACCAGUCGGUUCUGUGAAUCGUACCACCUGGGUCGUGGCUGAUCCCAGAGCACCGCCACUUCUUGCUCUGGACCAGAGUGAAUGGAAUCGUGUAACGAAGCAGCCCGGUCCAGUCUGGGCUCUAGACGUUCCGCACUACCAGUCUGGGGAGGGUAAAUGGAUGGAGCUUGUGGUGAAUAAUCCCGAUCAUCAGGGGCAUGUAUUCCACUUGCAUGGAUAUGACUUUUACGUGGUCUCACAAUUCCAACAGACUCAACUAGGUUUCCCUGGAACAUACAAUCCUUUUGAUCCGGCGAGUGCCCCCCUUGGUGGAUCAAUAAACACAGUCAAUCCCCUCCGGAAAGACACCGUGUAUAUCCCAAGAAAUGGGUACGUUGUGCUGCGCUUUCCGUUGGCAAAUGAUGGGCUAUGGCUCUUCCAUUGUCACACAUUAUGGCACAUGAUUUCAGGCAUGGGCAUUGUCCUUCAGAUCGGUGAGAUUAUGGAAGACACCAAGCAGAGGACGUUAGCAACUUGCUUGAAAUAA